CAAACCAAUCAGCUGCUGAGUCAGCUCAGGGUUUCGGGGAAGUCAGAUGACCUUUUCGCUCUGCCGGCUCUCUGCCACUCUGCCCCAAGGUGGACACCAUGGACCCACUGAUGGCUUUGCUUUGCCUGUUGCCCCUGUACCCAGGCUUGGCUGCAGAGGCUCCCUCCUGCCCUCAGAAUGUGAAUAUCUCCGGUGGCACUUUCACCCUUAGCCAUGGCUGGGCCCCUGGGAGUGUCCUCACCUACUCCUGUCCGAUGGGCUACUACCCAGUUCCAGCCUCCCGACUGUGCAACAGCAACGGGCGGUGGCAGACCCUGGGAUCCAAGGAGCUAACGAAGGCAGCCUGCAAACGUGUUCGCUGCCCAGCUCCAGUCUCCUUUGAGAAUGGCAUGUUCAGCCCUCGGCUGGCGUCCCACCCCGUGGGUGGCAACCUGAGCUUCCAGUGUGAGGACGGCUUCACCCUGCGGGGCUCUCCUGUGCGGCAGUGUCGCCCCAAUGGCAUGUGGGAUGGGGAGACAGCUGUGUGUGACAACGGGGCUGGUCACUGCCCCAACCCCGGUAUCUCAGUGGGCGCUGUGCGGACCGGGUCCCGCUUUGGACUUGGAGACAAAGUCAGCUACCGCUGCUCCUCGAAUCUGGUGCUGACGGGGUCUGCGGAGCGGGAGUGCCAGGCCAAUGGGGCCUGGAGCGGAACAGAGCCCAUAUGCCGCCAGCCCUACUCCUAUGACUUUCCCGAGGAUGUGGGCCCUGCCAUGGGCACCUCGUUCUCCCACCUGCUUGGAGCCACCAAUCCCACCCAGAAGAAAACAAAAAGCCUGGGCCGUAAAAUCCAAAUCCAGCGCUCUGGCCACCUGAACCUCUACCUGCUCCUGGAUGCCUCCCAGAGUGUGUCAGAAGGCGACUUUCAGAUCUUCAAGAAGAGCGCCAUUCUCAUGGUGGACAGGAUCUUCAGCUUUGAGAUCAAUGUUAGCGUCGCCAUCAUCACCUUUGCAUCCAAGCCCAAAGUCAUCACGUCUGUUCUGUACGACAACUCCCGGGAUGUGACCGAAGUGAUCAACAGUCUGAACAAUGUCAACUAUAAAGACCAUGAAAAUGGGACCGGGACAAACACCUAUGCAGCUUUAAAUAGCGUCCAUAUCAUGAUGAAUAACCAGAUGCAACGCCUCGGAAUGAAGACGGCGGCCUGGCAGGAAAUCCGACAUGCCAUCAUCCUCCUGACAGACGGAAAGUCUAACAUGGGUGGCUCUCCCAAGCUGGCUGUGGACAAUAUCAAAGAGAUCCUGAACAUUAACCAGCAGAGGAGCGACUAUCUGGACAUCUAUGCCAUUGGGGUGGGCAAGCUGGAUGUGGACUGGAGAGAACUGAAUGAGCUGGGGUCCAAGAAGGAUGGUGAGAGACACGCCUUCAUUCUGCAGGACACAGAGGCUCUGUACCAGGUCUUUGAGCACAUGCUGGAUGUUUCUCAGCUCACAGACACCAUCUGUGGGGUGGGCAACAUGUCAGCUAAUGCCUCUGUCCAGGAAAGGACACCGUGGCAUGUCACUAUUAAGCCUAAGGGCCAGGAGACCUGCCGGGGGGCUCUCAUCUCAGACCAGUGGGUCCUGACGGCUGCUCACUGCUUCCGCAAUGCCGAGAACAGCUCUCUGUGGAGGGUCAGUGUGGGGGAUCCUAAGUCCCAGUGGGGCAAAGACUUCAGUAUUGAUAAGGUGGUGAUCUCCUCGGGGUUUGACGUCUUUGCCAAGAAGGAUCAGGGGAUCCGAGAGUUCUACGGUGAUGACAUUGCCCUGUUGAAGCUGGCAGAGAAAGUGAAGAUGUCUACCCAUGCCAGGCCCAUUUGCCUCCCCUGCACGGUGGAGGCCAAUCUGGCUCUGCGGAGACCCCCAGGCAGCACCUGCCGAGACCAUGAAAGUGAACUUCUGAACAAACUGAGCAUUCCUGCUCAUUUUGUGGCCUUGAGUGGGAACAAAAUGAACAUUAACCUCAAGACAGGGACAGAGUGGACAAGCUGUAUUGAGGCCGUCUCCCAAGAUAAAAUCACAUUCCCUGACUUGAAGGAUGUCAGAGAGGUGGUGACAGACCAGUUCUUAUGCAGUGGGACUGAGAAUGAUGACAAUCCCUGCAAGGGAGAAUCUGGGGGAGCAGUUUUCCUGGAACGGAGACACAGGUUUUUUCAGGUCGGUCUAGUGAGUUGGGGUCUCUACAACCCCUGCAAGAAUAAUAAAAACUCCCGCCAAAGGGCCCCCAAAGGCAAGAUACCACGAGAUUUUCACAUCAGUCUCUUUCGCCAGCAGCCCUGGCUGAGGCAGCACUUGGAGGGGAUCCUGAACUUUUUGCCCCUCUAAUUGUGGCCACUGAUUCCUCUGUUGUCCUGCCAGCACCUGCCAUCUGUCUUGUCUCCUACUCUUGAACUUCCACCCUCAGACCCCGUGACUCACCUGUGCUCCCAGCUCCAACCCCGUCCUGUGCAGCACUUCCAAGCUGGGGAAUCCCUGGGAGCACACUCCCUGCCUUACUGGACUCACUUUCCUUUAACUCUCACGUGGAAUUUCCCAGUUAUGAAAUUAAUAAAAAUCGAGGAUUUCCUCA